AAGCUUGUUACCUUGCCCCGUGUAUCGUCGUGUCCCGUACCCACGAAUGUGCCCAUAUUUUACGGAAAUUUAAUGUGAAUUUAACUGCAAUAACAGUUUUAUAUUAUUAAUUUUUGUUGUUAUCAAAUAAUUAUCGGUUUAAAUAAUUUAGUGAUCGAGUUUGAUAGUGAAAAUAAUUAUUUUAAUUUACAUUUGUAUUGUAAAUUGUUUUAUCAAUAAAGACUUUACUAAGAAACGUAUUACUAUCGACUGUAGUGAUAAUGGCCGAUGCUGAUGGAAAAAAAUUGACCGAAUUGAGGGUCAUAGAUCUUAAAACAGAAUUGGAACGACGUGGUCUUGAUAAAACUGGCAAUAAAGCUGCACUUUUAGAUCGCUUAUCAAAAGCAAUACUUGAUGAAGGUGAAGACCCAGACGAGUUUCUUAUUAUUCCUUCUGGCGGAUCAAAUAAAAUUAGUCCAAGAAAAAAUAGUGAAGUUACAGGUAAUGUGGCUCAAGAAGAACCCCAAGAAAAUCAUAAAGAAGAAAUAUCUGUUAAUAAAGAUAUGGAUAUUAAAUUAAAAGAAGAACCACAAUCGGAAAAUGAAGAAGAAAGUAAAUCUAUGAGUGAUGAAAUUGAGAGUAAUGAUAAAAUAUCUAUAAAAAUGGAAAAUAUCGAAGAAGAAGAGCAAACGGAAGAGAUGGAAAGUGAACCAAUUAAUGAUGAAGAAAGUACUACAGAUAUGGAAAAGAACAAAAAUAUUCCUGAACCAACUCCAGCUCAAGUUUCACCUACACCAACACCGACUCCUGCAUCUGCACCUGAACCUGAACCUGUACCUGUUCAUGAAGAAAAUUCAGCAGCUGCAGUUGAAGCUAACGGUAUCGAUACUGAAGAUUCGAUUAAUUUGACCAUCGGCGAAGAUGAAGAAAAUCUCCUUGCCGAGGAGGUAUAUUCUACGGAGACUCACGUUAAGCAGAAAGAUGGUGGAGCGAAGAAGAGAAUUGAAGAAAACAACAAAAAAGGAGAAUCCAAAGGGAGCAGCAGAGCGGAAGGUGGCACCGGGAACAAGGAUGGCAUCUCAUCAUCAAGCGCUAAUUCAGGGAUCAAGAACAAGCAGGAUGGUGGUGGUGAUGGAGGCAAGAGUGGUGAAUCUAGUAACAAAGGACAAAAAAGAGAUGACAAGGACAAGAAAAUAACACAAGGAAAUACAGCUAACGCAAGUAGCCGUAAUCUCUGGGUCUCAGGAUUAUCAUCGACAACACGUGCUACGGAUCUUAAACAGAUAUUUUCCAAAUAUGGAAAGGUAAUUGGUGCGAAAGUUGUUACAAACGCAAGAACACCUGGUACAAGAUGUUAUGGUUAUGUAACCAUGUCAACAAGUGAAGAUGCGGCUAAAUGCAUUCAACAUCUUCAUCGUACUGAACUACAUGGUCGUGUUAUAUCUGUAGAAAAGGCUAAAGGUGAUACGCAACAGAGUCAUAUGCGUAAACGAGAAUCCAAUAAUGGCAAGAUUGAUAAAAAAGAUGAUAAAGAUAAUAAGGGUAAGGAUGUUAGCAAUGAACCUUCAGCAGAGAAGAAAGAAAAGGAUAACAAAAAAGAAGAUGAUAAAAGUAGUGAUGCAAAAAAAUCAGACGAUAAAGUACCAAGUGUAGAUGAUAAAAAAUCUGAAUCAUCUGAGAAAAAAGAAGACAAAGAUGCUGAUGCACGUUCAACUAAAUCUACUAGCAAGAAACCAGAAAGCGAACGAGGAAAACGUGAUGAUAAACGUAGUGGACGUCCUUAUGACCAUCAUCGCUCGCAUUCACGAUCUCGUAGUCGAGAACGUAGAAGACGCGAUGAAGUAUUGACAUUCGCGAAAAUAAGGGAGGAACGAGAGCGACAAAGAUUACGCGAACGAGAGCGUCUUGUUAGAGAGGAAGAACGUAGACGUAGAGAGGAAAUGGAACGUCAACGUGAAAUCGAACGUCGUCAAAGAGAAGAAGCUGCACGAUUGGAACGUGAGCGUGAAAAGCUUCGACGUGAACGUGAGAGAAUUGAACAAGAAAAGGCUGAACUAUUACGUCUUGAACGUGAGCGACAAAAGCUCGAGAGGGAAAAACUUGAACGUGAACGUUUGGAAUUAAAGAGACAACAGAUGCGUCUAGAAGAAAGUAGACGUGUACCACCACCACCGUCUAUUAAACGUAGUUCUACCGAUCGUCGGGAUAUCCGUGACAUGUACGUCGAACCUGAGAGAAAACGUAUUGCUACUGAACAUUCUCGUAGACAUAGUCCUGAUAGAGUCCCAGAUAGAAGAGCGGAAAUAUUGGAUCGUGUUUCUGAAAGACGAAUAGACACAUCACCUCCUAGUAGAUAUGAAUCAAGCAGAGCAACUCAGGAUAUGGCUAUGAAGAAAGAUUUUAAACGUUCCAGUGAAUUUACUUCACGCAGCAGCCGCCCGGAAACAUUCACUGAUGUAACCAGAGGUAGAGAGGUCAUUGUCCGUCGUGAAUCAUUACCUACCCAGUCAUCUGCCAUUGAUCCGAGACAAGUUAAAGAGAGCAGUAGGUAUGAGCGGCCAGCCUCUUACGGACGUAGUGAACGUGAUGUUCGACGUUCGGAUCCUGAACCACAUCGAAGCUCUCGUGACACACAUGCUGGACGAUACAGUGACAGUACCAAGCCUCCUGGAUCUAGUGCACCUGGACGUGAAAGCCGUUAUGCUGAAAGCGGACGCACACCCAGCGGAUGGCAUUCAGGACCACCUACAACUAAAUCAUUUAAUUCAUUACCAAGUAGUGGCCAAAGAGGCGGAGAUCCUCGUGAUCAAUCAGCGAGUUGGAGCAACCGCACAUCCGAUAAUGUAAGCAGAUGGAGUAAUUCAAGUAGUAUGGCAAAUGCUCUCCGACAUCCUGGACCACCGAUGGGUUAUCAAUCAAGUCAGCUUCAAUCACUUGGAUUGUCAGCACCAGGCACUACACCUUCGUAUGAGCGAUUUGAUCCUUACAAAUCAACUCUUGCUAAUUUGAGAAAAUAUUAAUCAUAAGAUAAUUCAUAAAUUAAAAUGGUAUGAAAACAAACAUUAAAUUUUAGCUAAAAAUAUUGAUAAAAAUAAAAUAAAAAAAAAACAUUUAUUUAGAAAGUUGUUAUAAUUACUUCAUGAUUUAAUUAUUAACAAUAUUGAUCAUAUUAAUAAUAACAACCAAGUCUUGACGAAAUUUACGUAUAGCAAAUAGUCGCUACGUAAAUAUGUACAGUCCUGGUGUAUUUCUAACUGUAAAAAGUAAUUUAUGUAUAUUUGUUAAUAAUAGAGGUCAUAAGCACUUGAUGAA